UUAAUUAAUAAUAUUAUAUAAAAGGGAAACAAACAACAUCUUCCAUUUUUCCUUCACCAUCCUGAUUUUCUUCCUCUCCCUCUGAAAACCCUAAUUGCAGCUCUGCCGUUUAUCUCUCUCCUUUGUCUAAAAGGAGACAGCUUUAGCUUUAAGAUCAGAUGGAGUGGUCAUCCCCUCUGUGUGAAGAGUAAUUGUCAUUGCAGUGUAAAAGGGGUAUACUGGAAGCAGACCGAUGGAGGCAAACAUCUGUGACGUCAAUCAUUUGGAUGCUGAUGUCCUUCUGCCUCCUCGAAAACGUCUGCUUGCUGGUUUGAAGAAACAGAGCCCGGAUGGUGAUAGUGUUGCAUGGCUGUCUCUAGUUGCUACUUCAGCUGCAGCUGCAGAUUCAGCAUCAGCUUCAGCUUCAGCUUCUGCAUCUUCUUCUUCAUCACAUUCUUCAAGUGAAUUUAACACCCGCCUUAACAAUAUAUUGAGUUCUCAUAACUCUAACCUUUCGCCGGAGCAGCUAGUAGAGGUCUCGAAUUCAGCUGCUACUGCUGCAGUGAAGGCUGCAGAGGUUGCGAGAGCUGCAGCUGAAGAGAAAGCCGCAAUAGCUGCGAAGGCAGUGGCUGCAGCCAAGAGUGCUUUAGAUUUGGUUGCCUCUUUUUCGGAAGAAACAGCAGGCAAGGAAAAACACCUGAAAAAGAACAAGUUCAAGAAGCACGUUCCAGUUCAACUCUUGUACAAAAAAUACCGACCGAUUGAAAAUUGUAAGAAGGACGAAGAGUUGGCCCGAAAGUUGCACAGAGCUAUAAAUAGCUCUCCAAGAAUCAUAAAGAAUUCAUCAAGUGCUGACGGAAAGGGUCAUAAAAACAAGAGGCCUAAAAUCUCACAUGGUUCCGAGAAAGUUAGGGUUCCCAAUGGGGGCAUUGUUUUGGAACAAAACCCGGCAUCUACUUGCAAUGGACAUUCUAUGGCAGAUAAGGUCAAUGUCGAAGGCACCAUCCAAGACUUGUACGAAAAUGGUAGACCUGAUAACGUGGGUCAAAUGGAAAUGGAUAAUGGAGAAGCAGAAUCAAGUCAUAUGAAGGAGAAAACUUGGGAUGCUGUGAGUACCACUGGUAAAAAGAGGGGAAGAGUGAAGCUAAAAAAGUUGCCGUUGAGCAAUUGCACCUUCAGGGAUCAAGCAAAUCUGAAAGAAGAAACAGAUGCGAGAGGCUCCCCAUUGACAGACAUGAACAUGGGUAACCCAAAUGCCGGAAAGAAGCCUUUGUUUCCUGUGGAGUCUUCAGCCGAUAGUAUGCCACCAAUUGAGGCUGCACCGGUGUGGAAAUGCAAGGAUUUCAAGGCUCCAGCAUGCGGGAAACAAAGUAAAGUCGUGCAAUCUUGAUGUCAAAAGGAUAUUGUUGUGACUGGUGAGCCAUGGGAUAGGAUUGAAUAGCUGAGGUAGGAUUCACAACUUCACGUCUUAUAGAAAACGGCCUUAUUUCGUUACCUUUUCUUUGUUUUCGCUCCAUUUGGCUUUGUAAUGAACUUUGAACUGACUACAUGUAAAUUUAGAUGUUACAUUUCUUGCAUCCGUCGUGCUUUUACCGGCUCGUCCGAAUUGCCUGUUGUUCAUUUGACAGCAAAGCAAAGCUUGAAGCUGAGAUAACAGGGAUGUAAUUAGCAUGUCUAGUGUUUUGUUGAUAUGUUGCACAAUAAUUACUGCUGGUGUGCUCAUAGAUGUAUAAAACAUUCUCAUUCCUUUUCAUUUUCUGGUUUUUACUUGCAGUGAAAGUUCUGCUUUGAA